CAUGUGUGCUUAUCGAUGAACAACUAAAUCAUCGCUUAAAACGUAAACAAACGACCGGUGGACGCUGUUUAUUAAACGUUUGCAUUAAAAUUAGAAUUAAACAUAUUUAAUAUGCCAAACUGGAAUCAAAUACAAUCGCAAUUGCGCAGCUCAAAUAAUCCUGUGGUUUUUCUAGACAUUGCGGUUGGCACAACGGAAAUUGGACGCAUGAUUUUUGAACUGUUCGCCGACACUGUGCCACGAACUGCUGAGAACUUUCGACAAUUCUGCACGGGUGAAUAUCGACCAGAUGGUGUGCCCAUUGGCUACAAGGGUGCCAGCUUUCACAGAGUUAUCAAGGACUUUAUGAUACAAGGCGGUGACUUUGUACAAGGCGACGGCACCGGCGUCACCAGCAUUUAUGGCAACACGUAUGCUGACGAGAACUUUACACUCAAGCACGAUUCACCGGGUCUGCUGGCCAUGGCCAACAGUGGUCGAGACACGAAUGGUUGUCAGUUCUUCAUAACGUGUGCGCGAUGCAAUUUUCUGGAUGGCAAGCAUGUGGUAUUUGGUCGUGUACUCGAUGGUCUCUUGAUAAUGCGCAAAAUUGAGAAUGUGCCAACGGGACCCAAUAAUAAGCCGAAGCUGCCAGUGACAAUAUCUCAAUGUGGACAAAUGUAGAGUUAAAAUUUGUGUAUUCUAUGCUAAUAUUAGUAUUAUAGAAUAUGCGAGUAUGCCUAAAAAAUAAAUUAAAUAUCCUUGUUAUAAUAGGGAUAAGCCUC